AUGAGUCGUCGACAAGACCACCACCAUCACCACCACCAACACCAACAGCGCAACUACGGCCAAACCUACAACACAGACAGCUCCAGGAACUGGAGUGACGAGGCCGUCAGAGGCAGCUGGGAUUCCAACUACCAGAGAACAACAUCAGCCAACACAUCACCAAGAGACCAGUCCCAGGCCUGGAGGCGUCCAAGUCCCCAGGCCUACGACAGACGCCAGACCAUGGUUAACCAAUGGCUCGGCCAACAGUACAGCCACGACCCCUCCAACUUAGUCGAUACUGUUUCUGAUCUCACAACUCCCACGACAUCUCCGGCCUUUAGUGACUCUCCCACAUUUCCCUCUCGAACUCAGGAAGCACCUCCAUAUCAGACACAUGCUGUCGCCAAUGACUUUCUUGCACCGCCUUUGAGGACUUCUAUCCCCCACCGACCGCAUGAUAGCCACUAUCCCAAUGCCCCUCCAGCUUCUUCUCGAGGCUCUACAUCUUACCGCCUUGACAACAGAUCCGUGGACUAUCGACACAUGGAGCCCAGGUCAGCCGAGCAAGAUCUUCGAGGAGUUGGCUCAUUCGCCGACAAUGAUCGUUCACGCCGGGAAGUCAAGUACAAACCACUCAGCAAUUGGUUUGGCCUCUGGUUACCUCCUCAAGAAUGA